AUGAAUUCAGCGCUAUUGGUAUAUGAUGCAUGUGGAAAUCCGUAUCAAAUGACGACAGCUUAUCAUCCGUCGAAUUUACUUCCAGCUGUUGUGCCAUUUGACAAUCCCAUCUAUGAAAUGAUUCCUCAUCGUAUAUUUGUUGGAGGAUUUCCUGCAACGACAACAGAAUUAGAUCUUCGAACAUUUUUUGAACAAUUUGGUCAUGUACGUGAAGCAAAAGUUAUUCGAAGUAAUGAAGGAACAUCGAAAGGAUAUGGUUUUAUUACUUUCGAUUCUGAAGAAGAAAACCAAGACUUAGAAAAACUUGAAUUUAAAGGUCGUCGCUUGAAUCUUGGCCCAGCAAUGCGUCGUAUAGUUCGAGCAGCGUCAACGGAACAUAUAUUCGCUGCAGCUACAUUAGGAGGACUUACAUAUGCGUAUCCUCGAUCGCCCUUUGUUAUUUUACCACCAGGACACAUUCAGCCGCUCAUUUAUUCGCCAGUUCAAACAGCACCAUCUCCAUUAAUUUCUGCGGUUGUAUGUUUUGAUAAUUAUUCUAAAAUUUGUUCAUAUUUUAUAAAGCAACAAUCAUUUUAA